AUGAAAUUCCUUGUGCUGGCCGCUCUGCUCACAGUGGGCGCUACUGCAUACAGCAUCGGCCCUCGGGCGGUGUGGCAGUUCAGUGGCAUGAUCAAGUGCGCCAUCCCCGGGAGUAGCCCCUUCAAGGAGUUCAACAACUAUGGCUGCUACUGUGGCUUGGGGGGCUCGGGGACCCCCGUGGACGAUCUGGACAGGUGCUGCCAGACACAUGACAACUGCUACACCGAGGCCAAGAAGCUGUCCGGCUGUAAGAUCCUCCUGGACAACCCCUACACCAACACUUACUCGUACUCGUGCUCUGGCACCGAAAUCACCUGCAGCAGCAAAAACUCAGAGUGCGAGGCCUUCAUCUGUAACUGUGACCGCACAGCUGCCAUCUGCUUCUCCAAGGCUCCAUACAUUGAGGAGCACAAAGACCUGAACAAAAAGACAUCCUGUUAG